AUACCACAACGCCCGUACUAUUAAAUCCUCCUACGUCGCACGCGCAUAUAUCCAGCAUGGGUAAAAGUAAGCUCAAGGCCGCGCUCGAUAACCUCCAGGGGCGAAACAUUAAGCUCGAGAAGCAGCGCAAGCACGAGAAGGAAGUGCAGAAGCGCAAAGAAAAGCGCAAGUCUGAGACAGCCCAGAAAGACGGCGAUGAGGAUGCUGAGGACGGCGGUGUACCUGUACCAUUGGACGAGGUAGAGGUCAAGGUCAAUGGCAAGGCGAAAAAGUCAAAGAGCGGCAAAAAGGAAGAAGUGAAGUCUGCAAAGUCUGCGCCAGCUGUCAAGGAGGUUGAUUGGGAGACGGAAGGCAGUGAGGAUGAGGACGAAGACGCCAGCGACGACGAUGAAGAGUCAGAGCGACCUGAGUUUGACCUUGCGCACAUCGACGAUAGCGACAGCGACAUCAGCUCAGACGAAGAAGAGAUGCAGGCUGAGGAGCAGACUGAGGGGCAGGCCGAGGAAGACGAAGAUGAGGAUGAUGAAGAAGAAGAGGAGGAGGAUAUUGCGCUCUCAGACCUCGACUCCGUUGCAUCAGAAGACAAGGGCGACAUUAUCCCCCACCAACGCCUCACAAUCAACAACACCGCCGCCUUGACUGCCGCCCUGAAUCGCAUACAACUUCCGUACUCGAAGCUCGCCUUCUCAGAACACCAGUCCGUGACGACCGAUGAGCCCGUCGAAAUUGCAGACGUCGAAGAUGACCUCAACCGUGAGCUCGCUUUCUACAAGCAGUGCCUCUCGUCUGUCAAGGAUGCGCGGAAAAAGCUGAAGAAGGAGGGUGUGUCGUUUUCUCGGCCGGCAGACUACUUCGCUGAGAUGGUCAAGAGUGAUGAGCACAUGGGCAAGAUCAAGCAGAAGCUCAUCGAUGCGGCAGCAGGCAAGAAGGCUGCUGCCGAGGCCAGGAAGCAGAGAGAUCUGAAGAAAUUUGGCAAGCAAGUCCAGGUCGCAAAGCUGCAAGAGCGUGCAAAGGAGAAGAGGGAAACCAUCGAGAAAAUCAGCACCCUGAAGCGCAAGCGACAGGGCGCAGAUAUCACAGCCACAAACGAGGAAGACCUCUUCGACGUUGCCGCCACCGCCGACGACUCCAAAUCCGACCGCCGCGGCCGUGGUUCGGAUGGCAAAGCAUUCAACGCCAAGCGCCAGAAGAAGGACCAGAAGUACGGAUUCGGUGGCAAGAAGCGCUUCGGAAAGAGCAACGAUGCGCAAUCCAGCGCCGACGGACGAGACUUUUCGUCACGGAAGAUGAAGGGCAAGCCUACAGGCGGUGCGAGCAAAAGGCCUGGUAAGGCCAGGAGGGCGAAGACGCACUAGGCCAUGUAAUUAUUUGGGCAUCCAAAUAAUGGGCGUGUUGUCACAUCAUGCAUGCGUACGGCGCUAUGGCGUUCAGGUAGGGAGGAUAAAAGAAGACUAUGUAUUCCAAAAGGCGCGCCAUCUCAUUAUCAUCAAGAGAUACCAAUGUACACUCCGAUGAACUCUUGU